AUGUGUAACGAUGCGCCAUCAACCGGAACCAAACCCACGUUCGCCAUGCCCCGUCCCACCCUCCGCAUCAUCACCAUCAUCAACUUCAUCCCCGCCUUCGCGUUAUGUAUCGCGUACGCCGCGCGGCGCAUGUACGGCCAGAAAGCCGUGCCUACCGUCGGACUGUUGCCCAUGGCCCUUUCCGCCGGUCUAGGGUUCCUCGCACUUCGCCACGAGAGGUGGCGGGCCCGGAAACACGCCUGGGCCGGGACCGAGGCAGAACGGGGCGAUGCUAAUGUUAGAGCUGAGAGCGGCGGUGGUGGUGGGGUGCUGGCGUUUCGCGUCAUGGUGUUCGUGGCGGACGUCGUGGUUGCCGUCGCCCUGAUGGUUGUGCUGGUCUUUACGUGGAUUGACGUACCUCGCGCGUGGUAUCCCCCCAGCCCGUCGGACGUCAUGCUGGCGGCGUAUGCAACCGUUCCGCUCUUGGUGAACUUCUUCAUCCAUUGUUACCUAUCGGGCCGUGAGAUUUUUGCAGGCCUGGCCAUCUCGGCUUUUAUUGAACAGGCCGCAUGGCUUUCCGAGGUAUCACGCUGGAUCCGCGGUCGGAGCAGCUACAUCAGAUUGCCUGUCGAUCACAACCAAGUCGCGCGUGAUCGGUACAGGGAUGAUCCGCAGUCGAUGACAGUUGUUGCUACCGGGCCUGGUCGUACAGGGCCCGAGCUAGAGGAACGUGCGGGUGGUAGCAAAGACAAGAAGGUGAAAAGUGACCUAGGUCCAUCGUUGCCGGGAGAAGACGAGUCCUUGCUUCCCUGA